CAUUAGGAAAUGCUUUGGAGGUAGUCAAGGGGGGAAUUAAAUUGAUUUGGGCUAACACUCCACUAAAAAUGCAAUGGCGGCAAUAUUUGAAGGAUAGACGUGUGAAUUAUUGUGCUUUUCCUAAAGAUUUGUCUAUUCGUUGGAAUAGUACUUAUAAUUUAAUUCAAGUACUUGUUAGAUAUAAAGAUCAUUUUCCAGCUUUUUUAAGACAAACUUGUAACUAUAUUAUAAACCCGGCUGACAUCGACACUUGUGAAAAAAUUGUUAAUGUCGCCGGCGCUUUUGUGAAUUUUCCGACGCCACUUACGUUAGUUAUUUUUGUGAUUUCAUGAAACAAAAGUUUUUAAAAUAUUAUUCACAUAUUCCGCAUAUAUAUGGUAUUGCAUUUGUUCUUGAUCCUCGUUAUAAACUUCCUUACUUGGCAAAUUGUAUAGAUUACUAUUAUGCUUCUUUUUUUCCAACUCAAGAGUUCGAUGAUAAUCCCAUCGACCCUAAACAAGAAUUCAACGAGGUUAGUAAUUUAUUUCAUCAAUUGUAUAAUGAAUUUCAUGCACAAUAUGGUAAUGCACCCCCUCCCAUGCAACGAACAUCUUCUUCAUCUAAAGGAAAAUCACUUUUAAAAUCCGCUUUUGGUUCUCUUUUGAAAAAAAGUAGAGCAACUCCCGCUACUGAACAAAGCUCAGGUAACGAGCUUUCUUUGUAUCUAACAUUGAAUGUUGAUUAUGAAGUUGGUGAUGACUUUGACGUUCUUAAGUGGUGGAAGGAAAAUGAAAGAACAUUCCCGAUUUUAUCAAAGAUGGCUAAGCAAGUACUAGCAAUGCCGAUAUCAACCGUUGCCGUGGAACAAGAAUUCAGUGCGGCCGGCAACGUCCUAACCGAUUAUAGAACGAGGUUGAGCCCGAGCUCUC